AAAGGAAAAUGGGAUUAACAAAGGAACAGUGGCAGUUUGACUUGGCUUUUUGCUUAUUGAAUUCAUUUACAGUUUACUAACCACAGACAACCUAAUAUUUUAUAUGUAGGUUUUUGACGUUAUUGAGCUGAUUUAUACUGGUAGUACUCUUCUGCCCUCAGAAACAGUCAACAAUGAAGCCUGUUAGUGGCACCAACAGGAGAUGCCAAUCCUUCCCAAUUUUGAUCGUUACGCUGUUCUUCUUAUUUUUCCUGGGAUUUUUUCUGUAUAAUGACAGCAUGAAGUUCAGUGCAUUCCAAGUUCCAAGACCUCCUAGUCACCAAGAAAUGCUGCGAGAACCUGUCAAUUCCAAAGUCCCUACAGUUCAAGAAACUCCCAGCAGGAAUAAACAUGACCGAGAUAGGAAUGCAGAGGGGGGUGAAGACGGUGAUAACCAAAUAAUUAAUCUGUCGAUGACACUAGGUGGUCCAAAAAUGGAGCUGCCAGCUGUUGAAAAAGAAGAUGCUGAUGAAAAGAUAGCAUUGCAACCAGAAGAGUGUGAUAUCUUCACAGGACAUUGGGUUUUGGAUAACAAGACACAUCCUUUGUAUAAAGAGGAUGGAUGUGAGUUUCUGUCAGAAUGGGUGAGGUGCUUAAGGAAUGGAAGGCGGGAUUCUCUAUAUCAGAAUUGGAGGUGGCAGCCCAGAGAUUGUUCUUUGCCAAAGUUUGAACCAAAACUGUUGCUGGAGAAAUUGAAGGGGAAAAGGCUUAUGUUUGUUGGUGAUUCCAUCCACUUUAACCAGUGGCAAUCCUUGAUUUGUUUGGUUCAAUCUGCCAUUCCACCAGGGAAGAAGAGCUUGGACUAUGCAAGCUAUAUCACUGUUUUCAAAAUUGAGGACUAUAAUGCCACGCUAGAAUUUUACUGGGCACCAUUUCUAGUUGAGUCCAAUUCAGACCCUCCAACAAUGAGAGAUGGCAAAUCAGACGCCAUUAUAAUGCCUGAAUCAAUAUCCAAACAUGGACGUAACUGGAAAGAUGUGGACUACCUAAUCUUCAACACAUAUAACUGGUGGCUCAAGUAUCCCACAAUGAAAGUUUUACGAGGAUCCUUCGAUGAAGGGACCGCGGAGUACGAUGAGAUCGAACGGCAUAUAGCAUAUGAGAGAGUUUUGAGGACAUGGGCCAAGUGGGUGGAAGAAAAUGUUGAUCCCACUCGCACCUCAAUUUUCUAUAGCAGCUUGUUUCCUCAACACUUCAGGAGCUUAGACUGGAACAGUCCAGAUGGAAUUAACUGUGCCAAAGAGACCAUGCCAAUACUAAACAGGACGACACCAGUGGAUGUGAGCACAGACAGGCAAGUUUUUGCAAUAGCAGCGAAUGUUGCUCGAUCAAUGAAAGUGCCAGUUCACUUCCUCAAUGUAACCACCCUCUCUGAGUACAGGAAAGAUGCACACACUUCUGUUUACACGGCUCGCGAUGGUAAAUUACUUUCGCCGGAGCAAAGGUCCAAUCCAGGCGUAUAUGCAGAUUGUCUCCAUUGGUGUCUUCCUGGAGUGCCUGAUACGUGGAAUGAAUUGCUUUAUGCACGAAUCAUAGCACUCUCUUGACUUCAAAUUCUUCAUUUUUUUUAGGCAAGAAUAUGAGUUUGUAAUUGAAUUUCAUGAAUGACAAUGAUACGAAGCUCUUAUAACAAUUUGAAGAUUCAUGACUUCA